CCGCCGCCGCCAUGAGCACGGGCCCGGGGCCGGAGUCGGGCCCUCAGGUAGCCCCGGAGCCGGGCCCGGAGCCGCAGCCCCGCAGCCACGCCGACCCCGCCGACACCGGGCCCGCCGCCCCCGGCGGCCUCUUCGCCUGGCUGCGCGGGCGCUGCCUGGGCCGCGGGGCCGCCGUGGACCCGGCGCGGGACACGUUCGGCGCCAUGACCGGGCUGUACGGCGCCAUCCAGCCCGCCGACUCCGUGUCCCUCAGCACCCGCACGCACGGCGCCGUCUUCAACCUCGAGUACUCGCCCGACGGUUCCGUGCUGACCGUGGCCUGUGAACAGACUGAGGUCCUGCUCUUUGACCCCAUAUCUUCAAAGCACAUCAAGACUCUCUCUGAAGCUCACGAGGACUGUGUCAACAACAUCAGGUUCCUGGAUAACCGCCUGUUCGCCACGUGCUCCGACGACACCACCAUCGCGCUCUGGGACCUGAGGAAGCUCAACACCAAAGUGUGCACGCUGCAUGGCCACACCAGCUGGGUCAAGAACAUCGAGUACGACACCAACACCAGGCUGCUGGUCACCUCGGGCUUCGAUGGCAACGUCAUCAUCUGGGACACCAACAGGUGCACUGAGGAUGGAUGUCCCCACAAGAAGUUUUUUCACACCCGUUUUCUGAUGCGGAUGAGGCUGACGCCAGACUGUUCCAAAAUGCUGAUCUCCACCUCUUCUGGUUACCUUCUGAUUUUGCACGACCUUGACCUAAACAAGUCUUUAGAGGUUGGCAGCUACCCCAUUUUACGGGCCAGGAGGACCACGUCGAGCUCAGAUAUAACGUCGUCAGGCUCCUCUGGCCCUCGAGCUGUGGGCUCACCCUGCCACCAGAACAACUCAGGGCCGCCCUCUGAGAAAACCUUGUCACGGCCCUCCCAGCGAGAAGGGGGAUCACCUAGGAACAGCCUCGAGGUGUUAACACCAGAGGUUCCUGGAGAGAGAGACCGCGGUAACUGCAUCACGUCGCUGCAGCUGCACCCCAAGGGCUGGGCCACGCUGCUGCGCUGCUCCAGCAACACGGAUGACCAGGAGUGGACUUGUGUCUAUGAAUUCCAGGAAGGAGCCCCGGUGCGGCCCGUGUCGCCGCGCUGCUCGCUGCGCCUGACGCACUGCAUCGAGGAGGCCAACGUGGGCCGGGGCUACAUCAAGGAGCUCUGCUUCAGCCCCGACGGCCGCAUGAUCUCGUCGCCGCACGGCUUCGGCAUCCGCCUGCUGGGCUUCGACGCGCACUGCAGCGAGCUGGUGGACUGCCUGCCGCGGGAGGCCAGCCCCCUGCGCGAGAUCCGCUCGCUCUACUCCCACAACGACGUGGUGCUCACCACCAAGUUCUCGCCCACGCACUGUCAGAUCGCCUCGGGGUGCCUUAGCGGACGCGUCUCCCUCUACCAGCCAAAGUUCUAGGCACGGCAGCGGCCCCCCUGGAUGGACCUGGGAGGGUUUUCCUUCAGCUGAGUGAGUGGAAGUGUGCUCUCUCCAAAACCUCGGAGCCCAGCGGAGUCACGGCUGCUGCGCCCUCGGGAUGUGACCUGGAAGGAUUUUUCAGGCCAGCGCCGCGUGGAUCUGGGUCCUGCAUCUGUGAGCCCACAGCCCUGCCAGCAGAACCUCUGCUCCUGCUGAUCCUGUGCCAUCGGGCUGCUGUCCUGCUGUGUUUGUACCCUGAUACUUGAUUGUUGCCUUCAGCACAACUCCAGUGGGCUGUCUGGAGCAGCACAGAGGGGCAGGGUGCCCAGGUACCUCCUGUCCCACAGGAGCUGGACUGCCUUACCUCUGCUUCCUCUUCUGUUGCUGAAGCAACUCUGUGGUGAUUAGUAGAUAAUGGACUGCUUGUCUACAUAAGCAACACGGUUAGUUACUCUCACCAAAAAGGGAAAAAAAAAAAACAAAAAAAAAAAAAGAAAAAGGAAUUUUGCUUUUAUUUCUAUGUUAAUGUGGUUGUCAUUGGCUAGCAAAAUGAGUCACGGCGUGGCUUAGGCUGGCAGGACCACUGGAGGUCACCCAGGCCCACCCCUGCACAGGCAGGCUCCCCUUGAGCCCCCACUCAGCACAAGGGGGACCCUGGCCCCAAGGAUCUCUCUGGGUCCGUGCAGCAGGGCAGCUCUGGCCCCUGCUCUGCCAGGUGUCUGUUGCAGGGGGCUUUCCACGUCUGAAUCAUGGUGGCUUUUUGCUGACGUUUGGAUAUUUCCCAGCUGGCUGUUUUUCCACACACACCUGGCCGCACUCUGUCUGUGGGGGAAAUCCAUUUGGAUGUGUUCCUGGUAUCGCCAGACGAGCCUUUCCUCACAUGUGCUGUCAGUUUGGGAGGGGAUUAAAAGCAAACCUGCCAACAGUGGGAUCUACCUGGAUCUAACCAGGCUUGUCAUCAGAUGUGGAGCACUGUACUGCUCACCCCGGAGGGGAAGCUGUAUGAGGAGCAGCUGAGAUCACUUGGUUUGUUCAGCUUGGAGGAGUCUGAGAUGAGAUCUCCUGGUGCUCCUGAACAUCCCCCUGUGGGGCAGUGGAGGGGCAGGCACUGAUCUGCACUGCUGUGACAAGGGACAGGAGCAGGGCACGGCUGGGGCUGGGCCAGGGGCAUUUGGCAUGGAGAUCAGGGAAGGUUCUGCUUCCCCAGAGGGUAACUGCUGGCUCUGCCCAGGGAAUGGGCACAGCCCCGAGCCUGCCAGAGCUCCAGCAGAGCUUGGACAGCACCCCAGGCAUGCCCAGGAUGGGAUUGCUGGGGCUCUGGGCAGGGCAGGGGUGGCACUGGGUGAUCCUGUGGGUCCCUUCCAGCUGAGGGGACUGUGAUUCUGUGGUCACACCCAGAGUAUGAAUGCCAGAUUUCAGCCCUCAAAUUAAUAGAGCUAACCUUGUAAAUGCACAGAUGUUGUACAUCCAUAUCAGUUCAUAACAUUCUCAUAACUUAUAUGUUCCCAGAUGAGGUUUUUUAGUGUUUCACUGAAGUUUUGCGGACUAGUCACACACUCAGUUCAGCAGGGAACUUUACCUGAAAGGACUGUCACCUGCUGGUGUUCAGGUACACUCUCUGGCUCAGCAGAGCACACUUGUUCAAAGCUGACUCUUACAAAGCCUUUUGCAAAACGUAUUUGGGGAUAAAGACAACGUUUAUGGACGUGAGAAAGCUGGAAAGGUAAGCCUGAGGACCCUCCUGUAGCUUUGUAUUUAUGUGGGUAGUAUACCCUGGUGUUGGUGCAGAAAUCAUUGAAACUAAAGCCUCCUUUGCAUUAGAGAGAAGAAAAUCACAAGUUUCCUCUUUUGGAGAAUUUCUUUGGUAAUGCAAAGCCUUCAGUUUUGUGUGUAGGGUAAUCUGAGGGCAACCAUCCCUUCUGCUGGCCCCACCCUGCAGUGGGGCAGGUGGGUCUGCCGGGCUGUGGAAGCCCUCAGGGCAUUCCCUUGGCUGUGGUUCAGCACCCUGGGUGUGCAGUGUGUGCAGGAAAUGUGGGGACAAGCCUGGCAUGCAGGCUUUUCCUGCAAAGGAGGAGCUACAAGGAGUUUGUAUGGGCCAAGCUGUUUGGGGAAAAACACCCGGGUCCUGCCCAGGACUAGAGCAGCUUUUGCUGUCCCACUGGCAGGCUGCUGUUUUCUCACCUUAUUUAAUGUUUUAUUACGCAUCAUGGAAGGGACUACAGGGACACUUGAGAGAACCUUGGGGUUCUCACGGGCUUGCACAGUGUUUGUUUUGGAGGUGAAGGGAGCACCCACAGGACCAAGGCAGUUCUUGGGUGGCUCUGUCUGUGUUUCCAAGGCUGUUUUUGUUUUCCUGUCAGAACCUCCUCAGACUGGUGGAUCCCUAGUGACUGUAAUGCUAUGCCUGUGAAUAUGCACUGAGUGUUACCUUUUAAAUUCUACCUCAUGAUACGCUGUGUUUUACACCAGUAUUGUGCUGAGCUUUGGACACUCACCUUUCUGUACCGAGGAACCAUGACCCUGAAGUGACAGAUGUGUGACAGAUGUGUCACCGCCACUCCUUGAUAGCACCUGUGGUUGGCUGGCAGGCCCUGCCUGGCUCUGGGACUGGCAGCUCACCUGGUGGAGGGGUUUGGUCACCUUGAUGCUUUUGUAGCGUGUCCAGCAGAUGCAUAAAAUGACAGAUUCUGUACAUGUAUGCUGUAGAAAUGUUACUUAGUUUUUCUGAUGACAUUUGUAAUAAGUUUGAAUUAGCGUAAGUAGGUAGUCUUAGAUUUUGGUCAUUCGAUUGAUUACUCCUUUUCAACAAACUUGGAAGUUUUCCAUGAAGGCUUUACCGUGUUUUACCUGUGAAGGUCACUUCUCUGUGGCUUACAGCUGACAUGCCUCACAGUCAUGUGGUGGUGCAAGUGUUUUCAGUUCUCUCUCGGUAGCAUUAAUGAAACAAUGAAAUUCUGUGUUGGUGAGCUUUGGGUUAUUUCUAGGUAGUCAAACAAAAAAAAAAAAAAAAAAACAAAAAACAAAAAAAAAGCUUAUCUUCUAGUUGUGUUUCAAAGACUCGACCUCGAGAAGUGUACAAAACUGUGAAACAACUGUAAGGAGACAUUUCCAGGGGAGGAAGGACUGCGCUGACAGAGGGCCGGGGCGGCUGCCGGCAGCGCUGUCCGUGCGCUGGGGUGGCAGUGCGGGAUGGGUGC